UCCUGUUCCAGACGGUGCGCGAAUCGGUUUACCUUUCCUUAAAAUAGUCGAUAAGAGAGCCAUCUCCCCCUGGCGAUCGAAAGUAACAUACGGUUUAAAUAGGGUUAGAGUUCGGAUUAGAGUGUGGUGAUUUGAAGAAAAAUAAAAUCCAAACUGUGAUCGAUUUAGUUCCCGCAAAAUGAAGAAACUAGUUUUUGCUGUUUUGGUGACCUACUUCUGUUCGAUGGCCCUAUCUGCCAGUAUUCUAGAUUAUCUCUCACUUACAACCGAUGCCGAAGCAAAGGAGGAAGAAAUCGGCCCCAGCAAUUGUCUCUGCAACGGUCCUUCGUGUAUUUGCUGCAUAGAUUUCAAUAUGACUUACAUCGAUCUUGGUGGUCCAGGUUGCGUUCGACUAAAGUAUUUUUCGGCGGAGGAAGGCAUUGCUCUCAAUGUUUCCUACGGUGAUAGUGUCCUGCACAGCCAACGGGUCAAAGGUCCCGAUCCGGCGCCCACCUGUCUGAGCAUGUUUGCCCGGCUGGCUCAAAUGUGCGCCCGCUUCAAGGAACUGCUCCCAACUGAUGACGGUAUGCGCGGCUGUCUUCAGCUGGAACCGAUGCUACUGGGAGAGGUUCAAAUCGAACUGCCCCUGGGCUGCUUCCGGAUGGGACCCAAAGGCGUGGAGUUGAUCAAAUCAUCCGAGGACGAAAUCAAAGAACAGCAACCAGUAGAGAGCGCCGAGAGCACCCCCCUUACUGCCGAUGAGAAAAAAGAAGACGACGAGGAACCAGCGAAGCAAGCAGCGGUUGCACCACCAGCAGCUGCGAACAUCACUUCGCCACUGUCUCUCCUGGACAACCUAUCGACGGCGGACAUCUUGGCGGCGGUGAGUGAAUCGACCGACGAAGGUAUCGCCAUGAUCUCCAAAUGGCUCGGUCUGGGAAUCAACACUAAACCGGAAGGCGGCGAAAGCGACAGCAGCAGCAGCAGUACAACGGAAACUGGCGAGAAGAAUGAAGCGAACGAGAGCUCAUAGAUUGAUUGCAAUUGAGACUUUUUGCAAAAUUUUCUUGACGAGACUGGGUUUACUUUGGAUCCCUAUCCUUAUCUAUUUUGGAUACCUUUCGAAACCGGUCACAUCUGAUCUAUAGGUUAUUUUAUUAUUUAGGGAGAUGCUACAGCAUUAUCCGCUUGUAGUAUGUAGUUCAUCUGCUAGUGAUACGAAGACUAACUUAUAAUACGAUACGAAUAUUCAUUUGAUCCAACAGUGAUUAUUUUAUACAGACUAUAAAGUUCAAAUCCA